AUGUCAUCAUCACAACUUUAAUCUCAAAAUUAAAACAGUGGUGGUAACUAGAAUGGAAUGCAGAAUAAUUCAGUUAAACAGACAGUUUAUAAAAAGAUAGGUCCUUAUUCAUUGAUCAAAGAAAUUGGAUAGGGAUCUUUUGCUAGAGUUUACAGAGGUCGAACAGAAACCAAUGGAGUUUAAGAAGAUUUUGCAAUAAAGAUGAUUUCUAAAGGGUAUUUAAGGGAAGAUAAUUAAGAACUCAUUGACAAAGAAAUCAGCAUUCUACUUAAAUUGAGACAUAAAAAUAUAAUCAGAUUAGUUGAUUUUAAAAAAACAACUAACAAUUGGUAUUUAAUAUUUGAGUAUUGUGAACUAGGAGAUUUAGAGUAGUAUAUGAAAGAAAAGUUUAACGGGAAAUUUCCACUCAGCAUAGCAUUAACAUUUAUAUAAUAGCUUAAGUCUGCUUUUUAGGAGAUUCGCAGGCUUAAAUUUGUUCAUCGUGAUUUGAAGUUAGCUAACAUUUUACUUACUAAAGAUCUUACAGUCAAGCUAGGCGAUUUUGGGUUUGCAAAGCAUUUUGAUGAUAACUCUCUUCUACAAAGUUACUGCGGCACUCCUAUAACAAUGGCUCCUGAAAUUCUUAAAAGAGAAAAGUAUAAUGAGAAAUGCGAUAUUUGGAGUCUUGGUAUUAUUAUUUAUUAGAUGAUUUAUGGAAGGCCACCUUUUAAUCCUCACAAAGGAGCUCACAUUUAAGAUUUGAUUAACUUGAUUGAAAAAAAUCAAAUUGAUUUCUCAGCUAUUCAAAUCCCCCCUGAAGUCAAAGACCUAAUUCUUAAAAUGUUAGUCGUUGAUCCAAAUUAGCGUAUAAGCUUUGAAGACUUUUUUGAACAUCCUUGUAUGCAGCCUUAGUACUUGUUAAAUCUGGCUCAAGAAGGUCUUAGCGCUCUAAAAACUAACCAAAAUUAGUCGUAGUUGUUGUUAUAGUUUUAGCAGCUAUAAUAGUAAAAUUUGGACUCAUAAUAAACCAGCCCUUAAGAUGCCCCAGAAAAUUAAGCAAAAGAAAAAGUUUUAGCAAAUAAAGGCAUAGAGAUAAAUAAUAAUUAAACAAACCAGACAGAUAGUGAAAAGUUGAUAUAGCUCUCACCCAAAAUGUAAAAGAUGCAAAUCAAUUUACAAUCAGAAGAGCUUCUCGAAGUUAAAGAAAAGUAAAAUAGAGCUUUAGAAUACAUUUGGCAAAGAAUGCAUGAAAUUUUAACAGAAGAAUUAAAUAAAUAUUUAGAAAAAAUGGAUGAUUAGAUGAAAAAUGCUGAACAGCUCUCUUAAGAUAUUAGCACUGACUUUAGCUAAUCUUGCUCAUGGGCUUCAGUUCUCUUAGCAUUACUCCAAACAGUUAAAACGAUAGAGAACCAUCUAGAAAUUACUCUAAUUAUUUCUGAUUCAAGCAAUGGUUCAGAGAAAUAAUAGAAAGAAGAGACCUUUAAAAUAGCUUUUCCAAAGUUCAUUCAAGAGAAAUUAAAAGACUUAAGCAAAUAACUGAAUACUAUGAUCAAAAAUAUUAAGAUAGAAAAUUCAGAACAAUAAAAGAACACUGAUGUUUAUAAUAUGCUAUUUGGUAAUUUGCUGCAUUAUGCUGAUUACUCCUUACUAAAUGAAGUACUCACUUCUCCUUAAUAGUAGCUAAAGUAUUACUAAAGAUGUAUAAAGCUCUGCUAGUAGUUGCUUUCAGUAAAAGAUAAUGCUUUUUCAAAAAUUGUUAUUACAAUCAACGACCCCAGCAUGGAAAUUACCAAAUAAGAUAUUUAAAAAAUAAUUCAGCUACCUUUCAAGGAUAAAGAAGAAUAACCUAUAAGAAAAAAUAGCAACUCUAAGAAUGAAAGAAAGAUAAUUUCAAUAGUUAAAAAUUUAAUAAACAUACAAAAAAUAUAUACAAUCUCAAACUUCUUGGAAUAGAUGAACAUCGUUGAAAAAACAGAAGAACUCAAAACUUAAUAUGAAAUCUAUCAAGGAAGAUACGAUGCUUGUUAUUAAAAAAUAUCUCAAUAAAGUUGA